ACAUCGAGCUGACUCCUCCCACCAGCACCUUUAGAUCAUCGGCUGUUCGGCAUGCUUUUAGUAAACAACCAAGCAAUCUGUGAAUUCGGAUCAAUUUCUAUCAACUGGUAUAUAUCUAUCAACAAAAAACAUCGCUGGUUUUAAGUCAGCGUCAUUCGGAUACCGGUCCGUUUUCUUCCCAGACAGAGGGACAACAUGGAUGCCAAAUACUGCCUAAUCCCGUGCCUGGUCCUGGGUGUUGUGGCUGGCCUGGUGCAGACCCUUGGCGAGGACCUGGACAGGCCUCUGUUCGGGCCGCCCGGGUCCCCGGUGAAGCUGUUGGACUCGGACCCAGGACUGAAGAAGGCCGUGCUGUUCGCCGAGGAGCGCUACAACCUCGGCACCAAUGCAAUGCACCUCCGCAGAGUCAGCAGAAUAAUAUCUGCGUCCAAACAGCUGGUCAAGGGUAUUCGCUACACCAUCACCGCAGAGCUGAGCAACACGCAGUGUAAGAAAUCUUCCAUGCUCCGGACCUGCGACUUCUACCCCGAGUCCCACAAACUGAAGACGGAGGUGUGUCUGUUCGAGGUGUGGGACAUCCCGUGGCAGGGCAGCUCCACGCUGCUCCGACAGAAGUGCCACCCUGCAGCGGAGUCCAGCCCUAAAGAGACCAACAGUGUGGAUGAGCUGGUUCCUCCUACCAGCCAGGCUCUGCAGGAGCAGGAGAGCGUGAAGCUUUUGGGCAUGUUCAAAGAGUUCAUGGUGAAAUACAACAAGGGGUACAGAACCCAGGAGGAGGCAGACCAACGGCUGCAGAUCUUCCACCAGAACCUGAAGACUGCUGAGAAGCUCCAGUCUCUGGAUCAGGGCUCCGCUGAAUACGGCGUGACCAAAUUCAGCGACCUCACCGAGGAGGAGUUUAGCUCCAUUUACCUCAACCCUCUGCUCAGCCAGCGGAAUCUCCAUCGACCAAUGAAACCAGCGGCUCCGGCCCGGGGCCCCGCCCCCGAUAGCUGGGACUGGAGGGAUCAUGGAGCUGUCACCUCUGUAAAAAAUCAGGGCAUGUGUGGCUCUUGCUGGGCCUUCUCGGUCACAGGAAACAUCGAAGGCCAGUGGUUCCUGAAAAAUGGAACAUUGGUGUCACUCUCUGAACAAGAGCUGGUCGACUGUGAUAAGCUGGACAACGCGUGCAGAGGCGGACUGCCCUCAAACGCUUAUGCAUCCAUCGAAACACUGGGUGGCCUGGAGACAGAGGCCGACUACUCCUACACGGGACACAAGGCCAGCUGUGACUUCACCAGCAAGAAGGUGGUUGCCUACAUCAACAGCUCCCUGGAACUGUCCAAAGACGAGAAGGAAAUUGCCGCUUGGCUUGCUGAGAACGGACCCGUCUCUGUAGCACUGAAUGCGUUCGCCAUGCAGUUCUACAAGAAGGGCGUGUCUCACCCACUGAGGAUCUUCUGCAACCCGUGGAUGAUCGACCACGCUGUGCUGCUGGUGGGAUACGGAGAACGGAAAGGAAUUCCUUUCUGGGCAAUCAAAAACAGCUGGGGAGAGGACUAUGGGGAGCAGGGUUACUAUAACCUGUACAGAGGGUCUAAACUCUGUGGCAUUAACCAGAUGGGUUCAUCGGCUGUGGUCAACUAAAAAAAACUGAUACACACGCAUGCCCCCCCCCCCCCCCCCCCCCCCCAUCCUCUAACUCUGCUGUUACACUACUCACAUACACUCAACCAUGUGAUAGAGAAUGCAUGAAGAUAAAAACUACGAGGCUUUCCAAUCCAACCUGGCUAGCAGUAUUGCACCUCGAUGACUUGCACAAUGGAAUAUGAACAAAGCUAUUCUCUGGUAGACGCAUCUUUUCUUUAUUGGCUUCCAAGUUGUACUCAUAGUUUUAGUGUGAUUAAAAAAUGUUUUAGUUGCUAUUUUAAUUCACCAAGCUAAGAAUCUAACUGUGUUUGACUACUGUUUAACUCAUUCCUCAUUGCAGCCGCUGUGAAAUAACGGACUUCUCUGUAGGUUCCCUCCAUGGUUCAGUUACAUAGUGUUCUGUAUAACUCAAGACGUUGAUCCUGGCUUGAUCCUGGUGCCCUUUACCCCAGUGUUUUGACAAGUAUUAUCAUUUAAAUAUAACAGGGAUUGCAAACUUUUAUUUUUAUUUUAUUGUGAAAGUUAUAAUGAAUGUGAAUUAUGUAGAUUGAAUAAAAAUUUAAACUUUU